AUGGUCACCAGGCCGGUGUCCAGGAAAGAACUCGCUGAAAACACCAAGGCGCGAGACGCCUUGAAGAAGGAGUUCGAAGGGCAUUGGAAGCGUGACGUCUAUGACUUCAGUGUGGUGCGUGAGUAUGAUGAUUUGCGUGCUGAAGCCAAAAGGACAGGAGAAACUAUCCACCUGGCACGCGUGCAUGGCUUAAUUUAUGAGAAGAAUUAUCAGCUCCCUGAGGGACAUCCACAACGUAAGUACAAAGGUAGAGGAGUCUUGCUAGGCGAUCAGGUUAAAGAUCAGAAUUUUGAAGCAGCAUUGUUUCAGGAUCUUGGCAGUUCACCGGCGUCGUUUGACACGGCGCGUUGGGUUGACAUGUAUGGAUGCCUACCUGGUCAUGAAUGCCAAAUGGCCGACGCUAUCCAAGCAUAUAUCCAAGCCAUCCUAACGGGGACGCCUUGCUGGGUGGAAUUGCCGCUGGAUGCGUGGCCGCCACACAUUGACAUCAGUAAGUUUAGGAGACCUAUGGUGCGACUUGUGAAAGAACUGUAUGGUCAUCCUGACGCUGGAACGAUGUGGGAACAACAUUGUCAUGAGAAGUUGGUUGCGAUUGGUUGGCGCCCCGUUGGGGGCGAAUGGCCGUCCCUAUACUUCCAUGAUCAGUACAAGCUAUUGUUGGCUGUGUACGUUGACGAUUUGAAGAUGUCCGGUCCCAAGGAGAACUUGGCAAAGGGCUGGGCUGAGAUUCGUAAGGUGCUUGACCUGGAGGAAGAACAACCUCUUGGCUUGUAUCUUGGUUGUAAGGUCGAGAAAUUCUGCACUAAACUGCACAACGGAGCGGAUGUGAAUGCGAUAUCGUAUAGCAUGUAUGAUUUGUUGGAUAUGUCUGUCCGUAAGUAUUGUGACAUCACAGGGCUGAAAAUGGAGUCGCUGAAUCAGGUCGACACUCUCAGCACUGCGGAAGACACCAAAAAUCAUCCUGCUCGACGCCCCGUCGUUCCUGGGGCAUCCGUUGCCAAGUGUACGUGGCGCGCGACCGAUUUGCCGGUUGGGUCCGACGGUAAACUGCUGAAUGUUACCUCGACCUGUCGUUCGAGCUCAACGGCAGGGACACCCAGUGCACCGGAGAAUGAAGAGACAAAAUCUCGUGGGGUGUUAGCGCCUCACGCAGCAAGCGUACUCAUGAAAUUGUUGUAUGCUGCCCGAAUUGCUCGUUUCGAUCUGCUCCGUGCCAUCAAUUCCUUGGCCAGGAAUGUAACUAAAUGGUCGAAGGCAGACGAUAAACGUUUGCGUCACUUAAUGUGUUAUGUCAAUUCCACGAAGACCAAUGUCAUGGUUGGUUGGGUUGGAGACAAGCUUGAAGAUCUGGUUGUUGGUUUGUUUGCUGACGCGGAUUAUGCUGGUUGCGGUGAAUCCUUGAAGUCGACGUCAGGGGUCCAUAUGCAGAUUCAGGGUCCGAAUACCAGGUUUCCAGUCGCGGGACAAAGUAAAAGGCAGGGAAGCAUCAGCCAUUCCACGCCUGAAGCCGAAAUUGUUGCUGCUGACUAUGCUAUGUCCAAGGUCGGCAUUCCUGCGAUCACGCUGUGGACUUGCCUGUCACCCACACAGCCGCGCAUCAUUUUCUAUGAUGACAGUCAGGCUAUGAUCAGUGUGAUUAGGUCUGGCAAGAAUCCCACGAUGCGUCAUUUGGAACGUACCCAUGGGUUAUGUAUUGCGUGGAUGCAUGAAGUGUUCAUGCCUGACACUAUCCUAUUGGUGUACGAAAUUACUGCUAAGAUGGCUGCAGAUAUCCACACCAAACCGUUUAAGUCAGCUGAAGCGUGGAAACAUGCGUGCAGCCUGAUUAACGUGUUCGAUUCGACUGAUAUCAGUCAACCGUGGAUCCUGGAAUUGAUGAAGCCUACUCACGACGGGUCUUCUGAUCUGGGGCAGUCUUGGUAUCAGGAGCGUGAUGGUGUGCCUUGCUUCCCUUACACCAACACGCCUGUGUUGCCGCCCGAGCUGUAUGUGCCUGGCUUGUCCGGGCGCGAUGGCUUGCAAACGGUUGAAGGUGCCGACCCUGUUUUCAUGAUGAAGACGCCGCGCGUUCUCCGGCCAGCCCCAGUGGGGCUCCCGGGAGGCCGGUACUUGCGUAGCACUUGGAUCUUGAGAGAUGGGGGGUGGCAUCGGAUUGAAGAUCAUGCUGAAAUUCCUGACGAACGUCAGCGUUUUGAUGCAUGGGUUGAGCGUGCCGUCCAUCAAUUUCACCCCGUCGCCGCCGCUGCCGCGUCUCCCGCAGCCCUGGGACCGCGUGCGCCGGUGCUUGGUGCGGGCGAAUCGUUGUUCGUUGAUUUGUUGCCUGCGUUUCAGAAGGGCUGUUUUCGCAUCUCGGCGUCGCCAAGAAUUGGUGAUGUGAUCGACUACAUGUUGCGCGUCGUUCAUGGGGGGUCCUCCCACCUGGCUGCGAAAAGUUCUGUGUGGGCAUCGACAACGUCACAGUUUUGUAAGAACCGUAAAGAAGCCAAAACGGAGCAUUCCGUAGAGACCGGCUGGGUCGAUGGAGAUCGUACGAACGCCGGCAAAGUUGCUGAACGGUUCAUUCCAGCAUCGUAUCAGGUGGAAUCGUCGUCCGAAAGUGGCGUGCACUUUGCGUUCGUCGGGGUUGACGCGGUUGAGUUGUUCUCUAUGAUUGUCGCCGUGUCUGCUUCGGAAAGCUUUCGUCCCAGUGCCGAUUCGCAAGAUGUGUUGAAAGGGAUGAAAGUGAAAGUGUUUCAGUCUAACGGUGGCGCGCCGCGUGUUGUGACCUUUGGAGUCGGUACUGAACACAGAUGGCAAGGAUCGUAUGACCAAGGUUGCGAGAUCCACCGAAAAGGCGUUGCUGUUGAUGAUGACAACAUGUGUGAACGCGUGAUUCAGAAACUUAUGCGUGGCAAGCGUGACAUGGUUGUGCUUGGCAGCGGUUGGUUCGGGACACAAUCGUUGAUGAGCUUUCGGGACAAUGUGAAUGUCCAACACAGAAACGCUCGACAAGCGUUUGAGCUUGCGCGAUCUGUGAUCAAUGCUGCCAGGAAGGCACAAUGCAUGCUUGCGGUUGAAAUGCAACAAAAUGGUGACAGUUGGACAAAGCAACGCGCGCGAGAAGUGUUGCCGCGAUUGUACUUUCAUGUCAGCAUGUUGGAUUGCAAGUUUGGGUCCCGUGAAGCGGGCACGCAUCCGGUGAAAUACCUUUGCACGCAGACGAGUUUCUACACGUCGGUUGAUGUUGAUGUGUCGGAGUUGGAAUCGAGGGAUUGUCGUCAUCCGUUGCCAGAGCCAUUCGAUGAUGGCUUGGACCCGACGCAUGGUGACAUCGCCCGUUCCAGCGAACCUGCCGCCGUCAUUUUGGAGCAGGUGUCAGGGGCACGACAUCACGCCGAGAGGGUGCCUGCGUAUCCGUCGCCUAGCAUUGGGCACAAGGAUCAGAAAAGUAACUCUCGUGCGCCAAAGAACCCGAAGAGGGUGUUGAUUGAGUAUUGUUGCGGUGAGAACAGCAAGCUCAGUCAAUCGAGAAAAGUCACAAAAGGUUGCACCAGGAUUCGGGUAACCGAAGCCAACGAUCCACGCAAACGCAAGAAUGUUUGUGAACUGUUGGAGAAGGUCUUAGAAAGUUGUGAUGAACACACCACAUGUUUAGUGCAUGCGUCUCUCCCCUGCACUGGCGGUUCACCUUGGCAACACGUGAAUCGGAAACUGUUUGGGGUCGAGAAAAGCAAUGAACAACGUAAACUGUUCACACAGCUGUCGCGUUCACUUCGGAAGUUCAUGAACAUGCUGCGUUCUGCACACAAAGGGAUUGUGUAUCUGUCUGUCGAACUGCCGUCCAAUUGUGCAUACUGGAAGUGGCCUGUUGCGCAAGACUUUUGUGCCUACUUUGAACUGAAAAUGCAUGAGUUCGAUGGCUGCGCUGUAGGAGUAGUCAACAAACAUGGACAGUCCUUACGUAAGCGGUGGUGCAUUGCUACAGACAUGUCUGAACUUUGCUGUCUUGACAAGUUUCAGUGUGAGUGCAGUAGUCAUGGUGCAUCCCGUGGACAGGCUUUGAAGGACGCAGAGGGCUACACGUUCAUGUUGACUGACUGCAUACAUCGCGCAUUUGCUCAAGCGGCUCAAAGACACGUCAUGUUGCAACCCCAUGUUUGUGGAGUAGCCAAGAAGGAGGACACUGCGCGAAGCAUUUUGAAGCGUAGGUCGAAGCAUCGAGGGAGUGUUUUGGUAGGCUGUCCUUGUCUAGUUGCUGAACCCGUCAGUUCUGCCCAGCCCGGGUACACUGUUCGGGGGAAGCGCGGUGAGGGGCCUGUUCCAGUGGAACACCCCCGAACCGGCUGCUGGACUUGGAAGCUUCUAGUUACCUUAGCUUGCCUGUUGGUCUCUCUCUUUGCCAUGGCUGCGUCGCCCGAACCUGUUCGCAUUCCAGACUGGGUUCGACAGACCUACCCCGACCAGGAUUUAAUCGUCCUGGGGUCAAGGGCAGCGUGGUUGAACGAACAGCAGAUCAUCUUGGAGGGCCGUGCCGCGGAUUCUGCAUACCUUCGAGAAGAUGCAAUUGCACCUUUCUCGUCCCCAAUGUCCAGAAACGGUCUGGAUCAGAUCCAAGCCUGGAUCCGCGCGCACGAGAACCAACUUAGUAAUCUGCUUGCGGUCGCCUUCCACCUUGCCGCUGUCAAUGGCCAACAGUCGGAGGAGGACAAUCGCAGAUAUAUUAUGGGCAUGGUUCAACAAGCGCGGGAAGCGCAGAUGAACCUGCGGAUUUUCGUGACAAAGAUUUGUUCUUUGCUGCACACGGUCAAAACGUUGUUAUUGCAGAAAAGCCACGAGUAUCGCAGUAUCCUGGAGUUCUGGGUGAGUGCACACGUGGUGCCCAACAUUGAUGACCCUUUCCGCGCGCUGCUCCAUGAUAUAAACAACAGCUUGGUCAGGGCAGACAGAUCGGCGGUCGACUUCUUCUCUUCCGCCGCCUACUUGCUCAACGAGGACAUCGGGAACAGUCAAUUCGCCGGUGUCAGACCGGUGCAUCCUGAUUCUGCCAUGGGAAAAUUGCGGUCAACGCUGUUCUACGACACCAUGGAACGCAGGCUACGCCUUCGCCCCCGUGGUGAUGCGAGAGCUGAAGAUCUACCAGCAUCUGAACUUGCGGAACUUGCACAUCGAGUCCCCAGGUAUGCCCGAUCCAUCUACUACUGCUUGAGGCGCCUGAACUACAACGCUGAGUGCGAUGGUGGCGUGGCAGAGUGGAACAUGGACUUUGCGGUGGAGCGGCUCUUGAAGGACGACACGGACCACAACAAUCCCUUGCAGGCCCAGCUGCAAAACAGAUUGAUGCUCCUGAUCUCCUUGGCGGCCACCUUUAAGGAGUACGUCGAUUGCCCGUUCGACCAUGACGAUGCGACAGGUUGGUUCCGGUGGAACCCCCUGCCAGACGGAGUCAGGCCACUGGACUUUCUCAGGGAUGUUUUGGGAGAAAUCCAGGCACCGUUCGAGAACAGCGGAAUCGGGCUUCGUGAGGACUUCUUCGCUCAAUGGUACGACAUGUGCGCUGCCGAGCUGGGUGACACAACCGCAGUUCGAUCCAGAGCGUCCAUUCACCGGACCUGGACCGACGCAUUGGAGGAUGCUAGAUCCCGCAUGACGCUCUUGGGCACCCCGGAGAUAUUCCCUCGUUUUGGGGACAACCGCAAGUACGAUGAGGAUGAUGGCCCCAACGUACGCUUCGGCUGGAUGCUCCCGGUACAACACCAUGACGUGUUUCGCGACCGUGAGGUACCGCAAGUUCACUAUGUGGACAGGCCAACGGCUGAGACGGUCUGGGAUCAGGGGGAGACCAACGCGGAUCCGAUUAAUGCUUCCUACGAGGUCGACUACCCGGCGCCAGACAGCCAAGGACCGGCCGCGGGCCGUUCGACGGCAGCCUCCUCCUCCAGUGCCCCUGGACGUGUGUCCAGCGCACAUGGAGGAGAGGAGGAAUCCCAGCCGGAACCGAGUGUCCGGCCCAUAGACCGACCCGGCUAUGGGUUCUACACUUGGAGGUUGCAAAAGCCCGACGAGACGCUUGUGGGAAGACUCCGCAUCAUCAUUGCGACCAGAGAUGAUAAGAAAGUGGCGAUCCCCGUGAACGUCACCAAAACGGAGGAAGGAAUGAACACUUCCGAACCGACUUUCCAGCCGUGCUUGGAACUUGCACCGGUACUGGAUAGACCCCACUUCCGGAAUCUCGACGACAUGGAGUUCCGGAGGACAAGGUGGUGUAUCUUCCUUCGCCGUAUUACAUCUCACCUGGCGCAUAUCCUUGGAGUCUCGUCCAACGUCUUCACGGUCUCCCGAUUCGUAUCUCUCCCGGAUGCAGAGUGGCUGAGGGUCUACGCUUUGCUCUACCAAAUGAUCCACCUGGAAGCCGCCGGUACAUUUCCAAGCCCAAAGAUGAUGACGAUCGCCGUCGAUCCCGAGCUUGUGAAUAUGACCGAGCAGGCCGAGACAGGGUUGGAGACGAGUUUGGGGCUAUUGCUUGAGACCCUCAUGGCCAAAGCAACCGAUGCGAUCUCCAACAACAACAUCGAUGGUGAUGACGUCCCCAGUGUUCGAGAUGCUAUUACCAUGUUGGUCACCGACUACGUCCCCACGUACAAGUCCAACAAGGGCAUCUACACAGACGUCAGCCAGGGACUGUGUCAGUUUGGGCGGUCGCAUCUGAUGCAGUUGUACAAGUGUGAGCCUUUCCACGUCGAGUCCAUAAAUGACCCUCGAAGACCGCGCAAAACGUUUGCCCAGGCUCUCGACGAACUGGCUUCCCGUCUGCGCCCCGGAACCGGUGGGUUCCCGGCGCCAGACGAGGUUGCUGAGGUGAGUGGUGCCAUGAGGACAGCUGGUACAGUGCAUAUGCACAUUUCCAUGUCCGAAGUGGUGAAGUACGAGCACAAUCGCCAGAGGGUUUCGGUGGAGACUUUGGCAAUCCCCGAAAUCAGCGCACUACUGAAGGAAACGUACGUUGACCCCAUCAAGAACAUCGCCUUGCUCAUGGCGCGACCUAUCUUGGUGGACGUCAACGGCGACCUGGAGCUAUUUGCGAACCCCAGCAAUUGCACGGGGAACCUUUCUGCGUGGGCAGGCACUCUGGCGUCGAUGUUGCGUGCCAUCGGUUGUGUGGUGAACACAUCGGGCAUGCUUUGGGCUAAGUACCGCCAAUUCACCAAAUCCCCAUUCUCGGUGAACCCGGAAUACAACCACGGCCAGCAACUUUGGGCGCUGCUUGACAAGCACCUCAUGUCCGAGAAAGCUGUCGCCGUUUCCGCCGCACCGCACUGGGAUGCAAUAGAGCCCUUCGUCGAUUAUGUGAACAUUCCGGCGGAGCACUACGCGGCCGUGCUGGUUCCGUCGGAACUUUCACCGGAGAUGUUUUUGGGGCGUGGCACAGCAACAAACAUGUCCGUUUCCUUCUCUCCAGCCGAUCGAGUCAGGGGCGCUGAAACGUGGUCUCUUGUGGAGGAUGACCCCAUGGGCUAUUACGAGCUUGACAUGGUCGAAAGGAGGUAUUGGUUUACUGAUGGUCAGGCCAAACAGGAAGCGAGGAAUUCUGGUGCAAUGAAUCCUUUCUGUACGGAUUGCCGAGAGGAUAUCUCUGACAUCCUCAAUCUUCAGCAACCCCUUACCUCCGAGAACGAUUCGAUUACCAGUGCAAACAUCCGACAGCCUGGCACCUGCCUGGAAUGCUGCGCCAAGGCAGCGGCCAACUCGGAUCAUUACGCGAACUUUGCUGAAGUGCGAUACGAGGUUCUGAUCCUCAGACAGGCCUACGAAAAGGUUCUUGAGGAUUGCCCGUAUCUGCACGUCAAUGUCUUCGGUGACAUUCGGGAAUUCAUCAUUGUGAACUCCCACGCACUGGUCCGCACAAGGUUGGGGAAGCGCUUGUCCCGACUUGGAAUGAUUCGGUUCCCGAUCCAACAGGUGAUCGCGAAUUUGGAAAACAAUCGUGGAUCACACAUGUACGUCUUCAGGACGAUCGUCCAGAAGACAUCGGUCAGCGCCGGUGGCGCUCCCAUCCACACUAUCGCGUAUACGGCCGGUUACGACCCAGGAAACAAGGUCUAUUCUGCUUUCUGCAGGUGGCUUUUGGGGAGAGAUGGCCUUGAACGCCUUGGUAUGGAACGUGGAUCUGCCGACGAACUACUGGCCGAUUGCAUUGAACUGGCUUUGGGGAUCCUAUUCGUGGCCUCGACAACGCCCCUCAACACCCAGACGCGGAUCAGUCGGAUUUUUGGGAGCCACACCGACGCGAACUCCAUCUUGCAGGGCUUGGAGAACGCCAUUCAGCGAUGGGCCGCCAAGAAUGCUGCGAAUGGGGUGUUUGCCAACCAUCGCAAGCGUGGCGCCAUCAGUCGAGAAUGGCAUUCCACUGAGAUUGGGGACAGACUUCAUCGUCAGUGGAUACACAAUGCCCGCACUCUUCGCUUCAUGAUUCCCAUUAACACCGACCCGAUCAUUGACCGAAGCAAUCAACAACCUCUACCUCGUCAACGAGAACGUCCUCGUUCACCCACGGCUAGCUCUGGGGGCAUGGAAGUUGACGAAGGGGAAGGUGGUUCUCCUCCUGUGGAGGACUCCGCCGGACCCGGAGUCUCUGUUCCUGAGGGGGAGGGUGACUCUCGUCCAGUGGACGACGUCGCCCAACCCGAAGCUCCUGUUGACGAGCCAGCUGCUGCAGCAACACCUCCUCAGCCUGAACCUGAACGAGAUGGUGAUGCUACAAUGGGUGUCGAAGAGGAGACAACUGGGCAAACCGCCGAAGAGGGGAGGAUUGAGCGUGGUCAGCCAAUGUUUGAGGAUGAAGUGCCUGCUCAAGCUGCCGAAGGGGGUUCCCUUCCCAGCGACGUUCCUCCUCCUGCCCGAGAAGAUGUGCCUGCUCCUGAGGUCGAAGUCAUUGACGUUGACGUUGGCCCGCAGCCACCUUCCAGAGCAGGAUCAGUGGAGGAACCGACCGAGAGGCGGGAAAAUGCUGAUCGUGCACCUGGCGGCGCGCCGGAGCGAGUGGCUUGGGAAGGCAUGACACGACUCACGUGGCUUAGAGCACUCCCUCCAUUCGACGACCAGACCGGUGAGCACAUGACCUUCCUAGAUAGGAUUCGCCGCUACACCAGCACGUUCGUGCACACCGCCACAGGCCAGCAUGUCGGAGAAGUGGGUAUGCCUUCGAUGCCUGACGCCAGGAGGAUGUUGUCGGAACUGCUGUUUGUGAGCCUCCCGAAGCUCCAAAACCCGACCGACCUCAGGCAGCACAACAGCAUCGAAGACUACAAGUCCAUGUCUUACGUCGGUGGCCGCGAAUACCCUGGCGAACUGCAAAUCAUCCCAAUUGAUGACACCCCGGUGUUCUAUCAUCCGCUCUACUCGGCCACACAGUUCUUGGGCAACGUGAUGGACCAGCAAUUGAGUGGAUUUUGGAAUGAUUUGCGCAGGUUCUUCAACAAGGCUUUGCGGCACUACGUUGGGAGAACAAAUUACUCCGACCGCAGGCAUGCUGCCCCAGAGUUCCGGCUUAGCUGUGAUCAGGGAGGAUGGGUAGACAUCAACGAAAUCCUCUGGAACAACACUCUUUGGGAACAUGCAUACGACGCAGUCCGCCGUCACCAGGGCAGACACAUCGCUGUACCGCAGAGCUUCGAUGUCACUCCCCAGAUCAAACUCAGCUUGCUCUUUGCGAUGGCCCAUUAUUCAAGGACUGUCAAUGGUCGCGUUCGCUUCCGCUUCCUUGGCCUUGCGAUCGAUGACGGCACCACUGACCGUGAGAUCGCUGAUUGGGUUGAGCAAGAACGCAUAAGACAGCCCCCGAAUGUUGGAAACGUGCUACGCCAAUCUUCUGGAUGGCUCAUGCCCUGGGCCAUGAGGGCCACGUGCGGACACACCAGCAAGGAGCUAACGCACAGCGCGCAAGUCCUUCCGGACUUCUUGGGGCACAAAAUCCUCGUACACCACGCAAACACGCUUGGAGGUGGAUAUCACGUCACCAGGGCCUCCAACCUCAAUGAGAUCGCCCGCUUGGGGCUGGUGCCUGGGGGGCCGUAUGGAGACAG